AAGAAAGCUGUUUAGUCUUGUUAAGAUAUACUUGUGCCUUACAGUGACAUCAUCGGGAAUCCACCAUCGACGUCGGUAUUCGCCCCACCCGCAUCUAGCAUGGCAGGCCAGCAGCGUGUGAAGUCGAUGGUUUUCUUUUCUAUUUCUUUCGGUCUACAGUAUUAGCAGUUCUCAUCGACAUUAUCAAUCUGAAUAGUCGAAAUGGUAAGAACCGAACGGAGUAUCAAUGAUAUCCGGCACACAACAACUACAAUAUGAGUGCCGCGCAGACCACAAUGUCCGCGCCAGUAGUCACAGAUUCGUCGUGGCAGCUGUCACACAUCGAGGAAUUAGACAUCAACGCACAUGCCAACAGAAAAGAGCAAACAGAGUCAGAUGACUCCAACCCUCCUCAUCCCUUCCUUCCUGACUCCGUGUCUCGUUUCUUAAAACCCGCUCAGAAUAUCCAUGGCGUGGUUAGUAACAACACGUCCAGUCAGCCUGGAUAUAACCCCAGCACUCAGCCCUCAGCCGAACUGCAGCUUCCUCAUAACGCCGGAACGCAGCAUGUCCUUUCGCACGAGUUUCUCAAAACGGAUCCGGCGUUUAAUCCAGCCGAAAUAUCGGGCCACGAGCCCAACUCGAAAGCGAAUGCGUCGAGGAUGUCGAGAUUAGUUCAUGGAAAUGCGAAAAAGGCGACAAAGGGCGUUGCGAAGAGCGUUCUGCAUCCUCGACGUACGAUCAUCCGCCAUUAUCAGGGUAAGACAGCCAAGAGCUUGUCCAACGCGACUCAGCCUUAUGUAACGCCGCAAUCAGACCGGGAGUUUCUUGCGGCAUAUGAUGCACUGUUCGAGGCUGAAUAUGAGCGGGAUUCGGAGAGAGCUCGUGAUGAGACCAAUAGAGAAGAUGUGUCUGUCACCAACUAUGAACUUCAAAGGAGGAAGGUCGAAUUACUCGAAGCCCACCGACAAAGCCUGACAGUGGCGUGGAUUACGGGCAGACAUGUCAAGUGCAUCCGCUUGGUGCAGUGGCCUGUCCCCCAAUGUCCAAGCUUGAAUGAUGAAAAUUUCAUCAAGAGAAAUGAAAAAGGUGAUGAUGUUGGGUUUAGGUGGGAUCAAUAUAUUGGCCAGACAUUUCUCUACUUUUCGCAAUCCUUCACAGCUCGAUAUAUCGAUGAUGGAGCCUCAGGGUUGCCAUUUGAUCCGGUGACCCUUGUGGAACGUGUUGUCAUGGCUACAGAAGUAUGGCAGGCCUGGUUAAUGGAUAUGAGGGAUAUAUAUCGCUGGGAAAACCCACGACGAACGGCGUUUUGGUACGCUGUGUUUGCUGUUUUAUGGUACACCCAGCACAUCGGUGGAUUUCUGUAUGCCUAUAUCAUCUUCAUUGUGUUGAAGAACCGCUUCUAUCCAACCGAUGUAGAUUCUAUUCGCGAAUCUCUAGAUCGUGUGUUAGACCGAGGAGCCCAGGCACAUCGAUGUGGCGAGCUGGUCGACCGGUAUGGGAGGAAGAAAUGGCUUGAGCCGUUGAUACAAGAGGCUAUCCCCUUUAUUCAAAUCCAACUCGGCGAUUUCGCAGAAAUUCUCGAAGUUCUUCGAAAUUUUUAUCACUGGCGCAACCCAUCGAAGACAGCUGCGACGCUCUUCUUUUUCACUUCGUGCCUAUUAGUGACCCUCUUCGCUGACAUGGAAUUUUGCAUGAAAAUUGUCUGGUUUAUUUUGAUUAAUACUUUUUUUCUCUGCUGGCCGAUUGCCAGUCGCUACCCCCGCUAUCGUUAUUUGGUCAGUCCGAUUCGGUGGGUUUUCUGGGAUAUACCUUCGCAUCCGGAAUGGGCAAUUCGGUUUUUACAAAAGCAUGAAGUCUUGCGUAAACAUGAGAUGUGCGCUCAUGAACUCUCUCAUGGGGGUUCUUCAGAUUCUAUAGAUGUCAAAGAGGAUGAGGUCCAGAAUGAGCAAUUCCAGGAUGCUGUAGAGACACCAGAGCAGUAUACGAGAUUAUCGGAAGAGUCGAACCCUAAAAUCAGAAAUCCUACAUGCGCAAACUCUGUUGCGUUUGCAGUUUAUCGACACGGUCACCAGGGCCAACUGGUUGUUUCAUCACAUGGGCUAAAGUUUGUCAGGAAAGGGUAUUCUCUGUCAGGUUUGAGGCCGACGAAUAAAUCGCACUUUGUUCAGCAAAGAUACUGGUCUUACAGCUUCAGUCAGCUUGCUCAGAUGACGAAGCGGCAGAGCCCUCUAUCGUCCAAGCUGGCGGGAAUAGACACAGCCUUGGAAAGACUAGAACUUGAGUUUCUACUGGGUCGUGAUGCAUUGACAACCGAGGAUAAUGGAGACAAUAGACAGCCGUCAACGGACGAGACAGGGCUGGAUAUGACUUACGGUGAGAUACGAGGGGUACGCACGCGCAUCGAGACAUUAGAUCUCAACGGCGCCGAGCGAGACGAGGUUUUUAAUCUCAUUGUCGGAUGGAGCAAAGCUCAAUGGCAGGUCCUGAGCGCGCCGAGUGAGCUCGCCGAAGAGACGAAGAAGGCAAAGCAUUAACCUGCGUCUGUUUGUAUUGCUAUAUUAACUAGAAUUUUUGCUUUUUUGCUUUUUUGCUUUUUUGCUUUUUUGAUGUUUUGGCUUCUCCUUCCGACAGAUGUGCUGGAGAAUUUUUCUGCUUGACGAUCCUCCUGGACGAUGUCAGUUAUGAUGCCAUCAAUUGAUGAGUUAUGAUCUACAGCGCAUGAGCGACUUGUCACAUUCCGUGCUAAUCCACAGUUAUAAUCAAUUUAAACAUCCGCUUUCUCAUCGAGAAGAGAAGUAUAAUUAAAAUUAGAAUUAAAAUGAAAAUAAAAAUA